CCAGAGGUACACAUUCCCCUGGUUGAGAACCACUGCCCUAAAGAAAGGGUGUGGGAUACCUAGCCCCUGAAAAAAACAUACAUAUGCUCACCACUGUGUUAUCUAAAUGUUUGUGCAAGUACAGUCCUUAUGACCAAGAUCAGAAUGAACCUAAACACUGGACAUAAAAUUUAAAAUACACACUUUUUACUCCCAAAUUUAUUCCACAUAUUUCCCUAUAAACAAGGAGGGAAAAAAUGAACACAAAACAUCUGUAAACUAAAACUGGAGAAAAAAUUGUUUACUUUUCAACUAUUCUCCCCAACCUUUAAAAAACUACAGUUUUCCAUAGAGGAAUGAAAUAACUUAGGUUAAUUUUUUCAGGUUUAGAAAACUGAUACAUUUGGUAGCACAAGAUUAUGAAACAGAAUGUCAUUUUAUGCCCCUGAAGAAACUUGUUAUGGAGUGAAACUACUCAACACUACAUAUAUUUUAUGCAGAAACAUGAGAUAAAAAAGCUAGCAUAAAAUAGUUGAAAGAAUUUUUAAUAUUUAAAAUUUAUGUUAACACAGAGAUUAUACCCUCUACCCUUUAAAUUAGCUAAAGCAACAUAGAACUAUAUAUGCUGGUUUACACAUUUUGAAGCUCCACUUGAAAGGCUAAUUCCAAAAACGUAACAGCCCUGGGGAACUAAAUGAUUGUGCAACAGCUCCAACUUGUUUCUGGCUCAGCACACUAAGGAUCGCACGCUAUAGAGCGGAAAGGGCCCUUCCAAGGAAAUUGUGACAGACAACAAUCAACUUUAAGCUAAAGCCAAAAGCCACCCACACAAAGAUAAAUCAUCCAAAUAAGGAGUAUGAGAUGUAGGGCCUUCAAAAUUCAAGUGCAGAGAGAUGUUUUAUAAUUUAUACAGACUAAUAUCUCACAGAUCCAUGGGGUCUCGAGGGCCACCAGGGGUGCUGGAACAAUUUGUGUAAUGGAGGUGCUGAGAGCUAUUGAACCAAACUGUAAACCCUGUGUAUGAUGGAAACAAUUUCAAGCCAGUUCCAGUAUCUGAGGGCCACUGCCCAGAAUCAGCAUUGCAAUCUCUCUUACACGCACUAGCUAUCCUGAAUGUUGCCAGCUUCCUCAGUCCAUAGAUUUUCAGGAAAUCAAGAGGAUCUGGUCUACAUCUCUGGGAGAAAUCCAGUGCUGUUUAGCUGUGGCUUGCAAUAUGAAGCUGUACAUCAAGGCAUAUAUGAACAUACCUCCAUGAAGAAGUGUCCAUGGUGCAGUUUUGCUGCCUGUAUUCAGAGAAGAUAAUGGAAGGCACAACAUUUUUCCACACAGGCAUACCAAUUCUAAUGGCAGUGCUGUGGCUAGGAACAUUGCUACAAUGCCCUCCAGAUUCCCGAGGAUUUGCAAAGCAACCAGCAGUCUCCACCCUAACUCCUAUUGUCUUGAGGCAAGAAAUUCUGAAGUGGAAUGGAUGGGGAUAUAAUGACUCCAAAUUUAUAUUUAAUAAGAAGGGACAAGCAGAAUUCACAGGAAAAAGGUAUAGGUUGAGUGGUAUGGUGUUACCUGUUUUGAAGGAAUGGAUGGAAAAAACCUUAGGAGCAAGUCUGGAGCACAAAAUUACCUCUAGAGCUUUCUUAAAUACUAGUGAUGUACCCCCAUCUAUUGUAAGUGAAGAAUUUCUUCAGGAUCUUAGAGCCAGUAAAAUUUCAUAUUCACAGGAAGCAGAAGAUAGGGUGUUCAGAGCUCAUGGUCACUGCCUACAUGAGAUAUUUGUGCUAAGGGAAGGAAUGUUUAAACGAAUUCCCGAUAUAGUUGUAUGGCCAGGUUGCCAUGAUGACGUAGUUAAAAUUGUGGAACUAGCCUGCAAACAUAAUCUUUGCAUAAUACCAAUUGGUGGAGGAACAAGUGUUUCUAGUGCUCUUGAAUGUCCUGCAGAUGAGAGAAGAACUAUUGUUUCAUUGGAUACAUCACAAAUGAAUCGAAUUCUCUGGGUAGAUGAGAAAAACUUAACUGCUCAUAUAGAGGCUGGCAUUAUUGGACAAGAUCUGGAAAGACAGCUUGGUGAGAGUGGUUACUGUACAGGCCAUGAACCAGAUUCUAUGGAAUUCAGCUCCCUUGGAGGAUGGGUGGCCACACGUGCAUCAGGCAUGAAAAAGAACAUCUACGGAAACAUUGAAGAUCUGGUGGUUCAUAUAAAAAUGGUAACCCCAAGAGGAGUAAUAGAAAAAAACUGUCAAGUACCUCGCAUGUCAACAGGACCUGACAUCCAUCAUUUCAUUAUGGGAUCUGAAGGAACCCUUGGAGUGGUUACAGAAGUUACAAUAAAAAUUCGACCAAUCCCUGAAUACAAGAAGUAUGGCUCUGUAGUAUUUCCUAACUUUGAACGAGGAGUGGCCUGUUUAAGAGAAAUAGCAAAGCAGAGGUGUGCUCCUGCAUCAAUUCGCCUUGUGGACAAUGCACAAUUUCAAUUUGGGCAUGCUCUUAAACCACAGGUUGCUUCAAUUUUUACAUCAUUUUUGGAUGGGCUGAAAAAAUUCUACAUCACAAAGUUUAAAGGAUUUGAUCCGAAUGAACUGUGUGUAGCUACAUUACUCUUUGAGGGUGACAGAGAGAAGGUUCUUCAGCAUGAAAAGCAAGUUUAUGAUAUCGCUGCCAAAUUUAGUGGUCUGGCAGCUGGAGAAGAUAAUGGACAGAGAGGUUACAUGCUGACAUUUGUCAUCGCUUACCUUCGGGACCUGGGCCUGGAUUACUAUAUAAUAGGAGAAUCAUUUGAGACUUCUGUUCCCUGGGAUAGGGUUAUAGACCUCUGCAGGAAUGUAAAGGAAAGAAUAGUGAGAGAAUGCAAAGAAAAAGGUGUCCAGUUUGCUCCGUUUUCCACCUGCAGGGUGACACAGACUUACGACGCAGGUGCAUGUGUCUAUUUCUAUUUUGCCUUUAACUACAGGGGAAUUAGUGACCCUGUUCAUGUCUAUGAACAAAUUGAGAGAGCUGCUAGAGAGGAAAUCCUCGCCAAUGGAGGAAGUCUGUCACAUCACCAUGGAGUGGGCAAGUUGCGGAAGCAGUGGAUGAAGGAGAGUAUCUCUGAUGUUGGCUUGGGGAUGCUUAAGUCUGUCAAAGAAUAUGUGGACCCCAAUAACAUCUUUGGAAACAGGAACCUUUUAUAAAACCCUUAGUGUCUGAAAAUUUCAAAAUUACAAUUUUUAGCCUCAUUGUACUGUUAUCCCAGUAAUCAAAUAUAACAUGGACUGAACUUUAAAAGCUAAUAUCUUUCUUUUAUUGUUUUUCCUCCAAUAAAAUGUAAACAUUCACUAUUAACAGUCACAGAUUUACUGACUGUACCCCUAAACCUCUCAACACAUAACCUGGCAGAGGCACAUCAAGGUGUAUACCUGCUUGCAAAUGCAGAUAUAGCAUUCCAACUUUGGUUAGGCAGUACAGCCAAUGAUUGUAGUUUCCAUGCUGGAUGAAGCCAACUGUUCUUUAUUAAAGCAUCCCCUGAAAGAAGAACAAAGACUGACAUUGAUGUUGUCUUCAUAAACAGCUGCUCACUCAGCCUCUUGCUAGAGGAAAGUUGCUGGGAAGCACAUGAGAGGUGGAUUUCACUAAGGGAAUACUUCUGUGUGCUGAAGCGUUAAGCAAGUAGCCGUAUAAAUGUAGGCUUUCUGUUUAAAAGAUGCAACGUGGUUCUGUGGGAUGUUUGGCUUGUCAGUCUCCCUUUCAGCAUUAUUGAAAAUUUAAAAUCUUUGAAAAGAAUACUUAACUAAAGUGUAGCCUGAGUUGUAUUUGCACUGCUGGGAUAAUCUUCUUUAAUAUGCUAGUCAGUCGUUGUAAGUUUUUGUACAGAACAGCAGACGUUUCUCAUUGUAUAUUAACAGGUUUGUUACAUAAAAUUAUUGCCUUCAUGAACACUGC